UGGGAAGGCGCCAUGUUGGAGUCCCUGUCCUUCACCAGGCUCCCGCUGGCUCCAGCCCCUGAUGUCAUCCGGCAGUUCCCCUCGUCCACUCUCCUGGAAUGCUGUCAUUUCCUGUCUUUCAUUUUUAUGAAUGAAACUGGGCCUCAAGUUUGAACGUGCUUGUGGGUCGGCAGUGGGACAGAGGCAGAGGGAGGUGUGCGCGCGCUUUUAGCGAGUGCUGUAAUUGCGGAGCUUCCCGGGGGCGGAAUGGCGGGAUGGGACUGCAUUCGCCUGCGCAUUUAGAUGAAAAAUGUGCUCUAUGCUGCGUGUGUCUGUGAGCUCUGGAGUAACUCCGUGCUAUCCUCACGUCAUCGCCACAGAAGCGGUCUGUUCCUUUGAAGAGGCCGGGCAAGGCGCGGGCUUCCCGCUCUGGAAAGUUUGCAGCGGGACGGAGUGCAAACCCUCUCUGUGCUCCUCUGGGCAGGGACAGUGACCUCCUGGCAGGAAACUCCUGUGGGAAUGGAAGCCGAGCCUGGCCACCAUGGACUGCUGGACUGUGCGCCCAGCCCUUGCUUCUGCCUGUGAGCUGCUGAGACAGGAGCAUGGGAACCACUGAAGUAUCCACCAAUCGUGGUAUUUCAAGUCUCUGCCUCAAGGAAGCUCUGAAAUCAAGACAUGGAUGCAGUGACAUUUGACGAUGUGCAUGUGAAAUUCACUGGGGAAGAGUGGAAUUUGCUGGAUCCUUCCCAGAAGAGUCUCUACGAAAAUGUGAUGUUGGAAACCUACUUGAACUUCAAAGCUAUAGGCUAUAAUUGGGAAAACCAUCACCUUGAAGAACAUUGUCAAAGUAGUAGAAGACAUGAAAGGCAUGUAAGAAGUCACAGUGGAGAAAAACCAUAUGAGUGUAAUCAAUGUGGUAAAGCCUUUGCAAAGCCCAGUCUUCUCCAAUAUCAUAAAAUAACACAUACUGGAGAGAAACCUUAUGAAUGUAAUCAAUGUGGUAAAGCCUUUGCAAGACGGAGUAAUCUCCAAUGUCAUAAAAUAACACAUACUGGAGAGAAACCUUUUGAAUGUAAUCAAUGUGGUAAAGCCUUUGCAAGAUUGAGAACACUCCAAUGUCAUAAAAUAACACAUACUGGAGAGAAACCUUAUGAAUGUAAUCAAUGUGGUAAAGCCUUUGCAAGACAGACUUAUCUCCUAUGUCAUAAAAUAACUCAUAGUGGAGAGAAGCCCUAUGAGUGUAAUCAAUGUGGUAAAGCCUUUACAAGACACAAUCAUCUCCAAAGACAUAAAAGAACACAUACUGGAGAGAAACCUUAUGAAUGUUAUCAAUGUGGUAAAGCCUUUGCAAGCCAGAGUAAUCUCCAAUGUCAUAAAAUAACACAUACUGGAGAGAAACCUUAUGAAUGUAAUCAAUGUCAUAAAGUCUUUGCACAUCACAGGCAUCUUCAAAAUCAUAAAAUAACACAUACUGGAGAGAAACCUUAUGAAUGUAAUCAAUGUGGUAAAGCCUUUGCAAGACCCAGUGAUCUACAAUAUCAUAAAAGAAGACAUACUGGAGAGAAACCUUUUGAAUGUAAUCAGUGUGGUAAAGCCUUUGCACAGUGCAGUACUUUCCAAUAUCAUAAAAGAACCCAUACGGGGGAGAAACCUUAUGAAUGUAAUCAAUGUGGUAAAGCCUUUGCAAUACCCAGUCAUCUCCAAUAUCAUAAAAGAAUACAUACUGGAGAGAAACCAUUUGAAUGUAAUCAAUGUGGUAAAGCCUUUACAAUAUCCAGUUAUCUCCAGUGUCACAAAAGAACACAUACUGGAGAGAAACCUUUUGAAUGUAAUCAAUGUGGUAAAGCCUUUGCACAGCACAGUCAUCUCCAAUGUCAUAAAAGAAUACAUACUGGAGAAAAACCUUAUGGAUGUGAUCAAUGUGGUAAAGCCUUUACCUGUCACAGUCAUCUCCAAAGACAUAAAAGAACACAUAAUGGAGAGAAACCUUUUGAAUGUAAUCAAUGUGGUAAAGCCUUUGCAACACGCAGUGAUCUCCAAUAUCAUAAAAGAGCACAUACUGGAGAGAAACCUUAUGAAUGUAAUCAAUGUGGUAAAGCCUUUUUGUGUCACAGUAAUCUCCAAAAACAUAAAAUGAUACAUACUGGAGAGAAACCUUAUGAAUGUAAUCAAUGUGGUAAAGCCUUUGCACGGCAAAGUACUCUCCAAAGACAUAAAAUGACACAUACUGGACAGAAACCUUAUUAAUGCAAUCAAUGCAAAGUCUAUUUCUUCACAACGGAGAAGUCUCCAAAGUCACUCUGCUGGAGAGAAACCUAAUGAAUAUAAUCAUGAAUUAAGUAGGAGUUAUGAUUUCAUCAUAGUAGGAAUAUAAUAGUUAUGGAUGCUUGGGAUUAUUUCAAUUCUGGAGAUGGUUAUGAUGUUUUAGCAAAGAAUGUUGCUGCCUUUUACCCUAGUCUGAUUUGUCUCCUUGAGGUUUGGGCAAAGAGAUUUACAUUAUUUUGAUUGACAAAGUAAGUUUCAAAAAUACCCACAUAAAAUUUGGCCUGACAGUUUUUAACAAGAAUAGGAAACUAAAAAAUGAAAAACACAAAAUGUAAGGUUUAAAAUGCAAGGCCUCAUCAGAAAGUUGAAUGAAGUUAAAUCCUGUGAUCAAGGAUAUUUAAUGGUAUUAAAGGAAUGGUUACAUUUUGACAAGUUUCCAUCCAGCUAAACUUAUGGAUUUGCAGUUGUAUGAAAGAGAACUGUAUUAUGUUAGGAAUUACUAUUACCUGGUAAUUGUUUUCAUGUGGGCAUAUGAAGAUACAAGUAUGCAUCAAACUGACAAAGGAUGAAACUUGCUAUCUGGGUUUUCAAUUUAAGAUCUAAAAGGAAAACCUUAGGACCAGGCAUGGUGUUACAUGAUUUUUAUCCCAGAGUUCAGGAGACAGAGCCCUGCAGCUCUCUGAGUUCAAGGUUAAUCUAGUGAACAAGUUCCAGGACCACCAGACUUAGGCAGUGAAGUUUUUUGAAAAAUAGAGAGUGGGUGAUAAUGUAAUAGAAGGGGCCAUGUUUCAUCCACACCAAGUGGCAGAACUCAGCAGCUUUGUCUAUGUGGCUAUGGAUUUAGAGGCAAGAAUAGCAGGGACUAGUGAGACAGUUAAAGCUAGAUAGCUGUAGUUCAAGAAUUAGAGGUGAUGGAGAAGAAAUCAGCAUCACUGGGGUGAAAUCUUCUGGGUAGUGUUUUCUGAGUGACAAAGGAGGAGUUUUCCAGAGAUUGCCAAGGUUGGACCUAGUGUUGCAGCUGGACUUGGUCAUGUGUAAGAAUCUCCUAAGUGGUCAUGGUUUCGAAUGCAUGAAGUUGUCAUGCAGAACAGCUGAGGCUUGGCACCAUUGAAAAAACAUAAGGGGAGGCUAUGGGUCAACUAUGAGCCGAUUUGCAACAGAAGAACCCAGCAUACUGAAUAUGCAAGUACCAUGGGAUGAGCAGCAAGAAGAGAAGUCACAGGAGGGUGGAGUCAACCAGAGCUUAGAGAGAUAGAGAGGGCAGAGCUGGAGAAGUGACCCAAUCAGUUUUCAGGGGCAGAGAAAUCAUGUGUGGAUCCUGGAGAUUGAAACAAGAAGCUGUGAUAUUGAAAUUUCCUUGGAGACACCAAGAUUUUGAGAUGUGAUACCUUCUCAGGAAAACUGUUUUAAGGGAAUAAAGCCACUCAAAGAGAAAGAAUGCUGCUGCAUUGAACAAAGCAGGAAAGAGUUGGAGAUCUGAAGAAUACUUUGACAACAAACAUGGAAAUACAGAGUUUGGAGAUUAUACAUCUGGCUUUGGUCUUAUUUAGGUCCACCAUUUCCUCAUGGGGCCUUUCAGAAUAUAGUGUGAAUUUGGAGGUAUAUGAUGUGCUUUUAUGUUUUUGAACAUGAUUACAUGAUAGGAUUAAUUUAAGAAGAGUUGUUAACCUUUGGACUCCUUUGGGACUGCUAUAGAUGAUGGGGACUUUUGAAGUAGUAGCUCAUGUAUUCUACAUGUUUAAGUAUGAUCCCUAUACACUCAUGUGAUUGAGCAAUCAUAUUGGGGACAGGCAGUAGAAUACGGUAAUUUAAAUAUGCCAUGCAAAGUGAGUGGCAUUAAGUGGUGGUGUGGCCUUGUUGGAGGAAGCACAUCACUGUUUGGGUGGGCUUUGAAAUUACUACCAGUGCUCAAGAGACCCUCCUAUUCAGUUCCUGGAAGACACCCUUCCUGGCAGUUUUUGAAUAAAGAUGUAGAACCUUCAGCUUCUUCUCCAGCAUCAUGUCUGCCUGCAUGCCUGCCAUGCUUCCUGCUAUGAUGAAAAUGGACUAAACCUCUGAAACUGUAAACCAGCACCAAUUAAAUGGUUGUUUUUAUAGGAGUUUUCCUUGCUCCUGAUGUCUCUUCAUACAGUGGAAACAAAAAAAAGAAACAUUGUGAGCUCAUUUAAUGUUGUCAAACUGCACAGUACUAUGAAAGAAUAUGUGUUAGAAAGAAACCUCAUGAAUGUGUUUAAUUAGGACUACUUAGCCAUUGAUUUUUUUUUGUUUGGGUUUUUUUUUAGUCAUGUAACCAACAACUUUCCUUAAGGAGUCUAACAGCUCAGGAAUUGCCUUUGGGUAAUUUUGGUUCAUCAUACAUGCGACCAUGUGAUCUUCAAAUAAAAGUAAUUUUACUUAAUCCUUUGUAAUUCAUAUUGCGUUCAUCCACUUUAGUUAUACUGCUCUAGUUAAACUUUUAGGUAGUACUUUGUAAAGAUAGAGAAUGAACCACUUUGUCUUGUAUGUGAAUUAGUGGAAUUGAUUGGAAUAUCUCACCAUUUAAUUUAAUAUUGGCCACAGGCUUGCUGUAAUGUGAUGUUAGUAUGUUUAGGUAUACCCCUUGUGUCCAUAUUUAUUCCAGAAAAUUUUCCAUAAUGUGGUGUUAGAUAUUGUCAGAGCAUUUUAAUCACCUAAUGAAAUCAACUAAUGUUGUUUAGGUCUAUAUACAUUAAAUAAAUAA